UAUGAGCGCAGACGAGCUGAGCUGGAGGGGAACAGAGAAGCGAGAGAAGCUGCAGCUCUGCAGGUUCUGAACACACAGGUCAGUUCUGAGACUGAUGAGAGUGAACGGACGAAGCGCUUUGGUGUGGGUUACAUUUACUAACUGAGAUGGAGGGAGUUUAUAGGUUUACAGGUGGUUUAUCACUGAAACAAAGGGAGGAAAGCAGUCUGGUGUAAAAGCUGCGUUUUGGUUCUUUUGGCACCUUUUGCACUAUGAGCUGCUGAAGUUCCGCUGGUGACUUGGUGGUAUUUCAACUUUAACAAGGACGCGCCAGAGCUGCUGGAAAAGACUGACCACGCUGACCACGAGGAAGACAGCAAAGCGUAAAAAAUGUAUAUAGUGAUUAGGAAAUUCCAGCCCUCAGACCAUGAGGCUGUGAGAGCUUUGUUUCGAGAUGGAAUGCAGGAGCACAUCAUCCCGUCCUUCACUCACGCCAUUACUCAGCCACUCCACAUCACUGUGACCCUGUGCUUUUUCACUGUGGGCUAUAUACUGGGUGGAGGAUCAGUUGUCCUGGCCCUGCUGGCUGGAGGUUUGUGGAUAGGUCUGCUGUACUACUGCUGCUAUGAGCACUAUGCUGGUUAUGCCCGAUCAAAGCUGAACACAGACAUGCGGGACAUUGCAGGCUUCUACCUCAGCAGGCCAGAUAACUACUUCUGGGUCGCUGAGGCUAAAAUCAACAGCCGACCUCAGAUCAUGGGUAUAGUGGCUGUGGAGGGCAAAGAACUUCCAGACAGCGGGCAAAAGUAUGGAGAACUUUUCCGAAUGAGUGUAUCGUCCACAUCUCGCCGCACUGGCCUCGGCUGGCGACUCGGUCAGACGGUCAUAAACUUUUGUAAAGAGCGAGGGUUCUCGAAGAUUGUGCUUCAGACUACUUCUAAACAGUCAGCAGCUGUGGCUCUUUACUAUAAGAUGGGCUUUAAACCUGUGCGAACUCAUAAGCAGGCUCCUUGGUGGGGCCUCCGGCUGGUUGGAGUUUCAAUUCUGAGGAUGGAGAAAAUCCUACAGGCAUUUGAUGGGAUGUAGAUGAUCUCUUGACUCAAAGUCCUUUGCAUAAUUAAAAGGUUCUUUGCAUGUGAAAGGGUUCUUCAGAUUUAUGGAGAAUGUGCAGAAGAUAGAUGUAUAGAAACGUUUUGAAAAGUGUUCUGUAUAGCACCAAAAGAGUUCUUCUAUUGGUACAGUGACAAGCUUGUAAUGAUAACAGAACCCUUUUUUGCUCUUAUAUAGCACCCUUUUCAAAAGGUGCUGUAAUGCUAGAACCAUAUUCAACACA